UCGGCCGCGGUUUCUAUGGAGACCGAAGCCGGGCCCUCGCGGCCUCGCGGCGUUGCCAUGGAGACGGCGCCGGGGAUGGGGCUCGGAAGCCCGGGCUCUCCGACGGCUCAGAACCCCGCGGAGCCGCGGUGCGAGACUCUAGCCGAAGUGGCAGCGGCCCGCUGGGACCCGAGGAAGCAUUCUUUGCUCAUCGCGAUCGGCGACAUCGGGACCGAGAGCCAGCUGAGGGCUGUGCAGGCCCACCUAGAGCAAGGGAUUCUCUCCUGGAACAUUGACUUAUCAUCUUUUGACUUGAACCAGCAGCUGAGACUCUUCAUCACUCGGCACCUAGCUCACUUCUCAGAGGUCAAAGGCCAGAGGACCCUCUGCCACCAGAGUGACACCCUAGAGACCAUCAUCCUGGUAAACCCCAGUGCAGAAAGCAUCAGCUCUGAGGUUCACCAUCUCCUUAGCAGCCCGUCGGCUCACAAACUACUCAUCUUAAGUGGGCAAAGUCUAGAGCCUGGGGGAGACCUCAUCCUGCAGACCGGCACCUAUUCCUACCGAGACUUCGCCCAGGUCCUUCACAAGCCAGAGAUUGCCCAGUUGUUCAGCAACAGAGACCCUGGGAUCCAGGCUCUGCUCACUGUGUCCUGUGUAGGGGAGGGUGAUUGGAGCUGCUUGGGCUCGUCCAGUUCCCAAGAGACCCUGCAUCUCCAGCUGAACCCUGAGCCCGUGCUACCCACCAUGGAUGGCGUGGCUGAGUUCUCCGAGUACGUCUCUGAGACUGUGGAUGUGCCAUCUCCUUUUGACCUGCUCGAACCCCCCACCUCAGGGGGCUUCCUCAAGCUCUCCAAGCCUUGCUGCUACAUCUUCCCAGGUGGCCGUGGGGACUCUGCCCUCUUUGCUGUCAAUGGGUUCAACAUCCUGGUGGAUGGGGGUUCUGAUCGAAAGUCCUGCUUCUGGAAGCUGGUGCGGCAUCUGGACCGCAUUGACUCAGUGCUGCUCACACACAUUGGGGCAGACAAUCUGCCAGGCAUCAAUGGACUCCUGCAGCGCAAAGUGGCAGAGCUGGAGGAGGAGCAGUCCCAGGGCUCCAGCAGCUACAGCGAUUGGGUGAAGAACCUCAUCUCCCCUGAACUCGGAGUGGUCUUCUUCAAUGUGCCUGAUAAGCUGCGGCUGCCUGAUGCCUCCCGGAAAGCCAAGCGCAGCAUCGAGGAGGCCUGCCUCACUCUGCAGCACCUAAACCGCCUGGGCAUCCAGCCUGAGCCUCUCUACCGCGUGGUCAGCAACACCAUUGAGCCACUGACCCUUUUCCACAAAAUGGGUGUGGGCCGGCUGGACAUGUAUGUCCUCAACCCUGUCAAGGACAGCAAGGAGAUGCAGUUCCUUAUGCAGAAGUGGGCAGGCAAUAGUAAAGCCAAAACUGGCAUUGUGCUGGCCAACGGGAGGGAGGCUGAGAUCUCGGUGCCCUACCUGACCUCUAUCACUGCCCUGGUGGUCUGGCUGCCAGCCAACCCCACUGAGAAGAUUGUGCGUGUGCUUUUUCCAGGAAAUGCUCCCCAGAAUAAGAUCUUGGAGGGCCUGGAAAAGCUCCGGCACUUGGACUUCCUGCGAUACCCUGUGGCCACACAGAAAGACCUGGCUGCAGGGGCAGUGCCUGCCAACUUGAAACCCAGCAAAAUCAAACAGCGGACUGACAGCAAGGAGAGCCUCAAAGCUGCUACCAAGACGGCAGUGAACAAGCUGGCCAAGCGAGAGGAAGUGGCAGAAGAGGGAGCCAAGGAGGCCCGCUCAGAGCUGGCCAAGGAGUUAGCCAAGGCAGAGAAAAAAGCAAAAGAGCCACCUGAGAAGCCCCCAGAGAAGCCCGCCAAGCCUGAGAGGGUGAGGACAGAAUCAAGCGAGGCACUGAAGGCAGAGAAACGAAAGCUGAUCAAAGACAAGGUAGGGAAGAAGCAUCUGAAAGAAAAGAUAUCAAAGCUAGAAGAGAAAAAAGACAAGGAGAAAAAAGAGAUCAAGAAGGAGAGGAAGGAGCUCAAAAAGGAUGAAGGAAGGAAGGAGGAGAAGAAGGAUGCCAAGAAGGAGGAGAAGAGGAAAGACACCAAACCUGAGGUCAAGAAAAUUUCCAAACCAGACCUGAAGCCCUUUACCCCUGAGGUACGUAAGACCCUCUACAAAGCAAAGGCCCCUGGAAGGAUCAAGGUCGACAAGAACCGUGCUGCCCGGGGCGAGAAGGAGAUGUCUUCUGAGCCUCGGACACCCCCAGUCCAGAAGGGCGCUGUGCCACCUGCCCCUGUCAGUGGACACAGGGAGCCGGCCCUCUCUUCGCCAGAAGACCUCACACAGGAUUUUGAGGAGAUGAAGCGUGAGGAGAGGGAACGAAGGGACCCAGGACUAGGAGGAAAACCACUCCCUCUCAGUACUUCAGAGGAGGGACCCCCAAGCAUAGCUAGGCCGGGAGCGCAACCCUCUGUCCCAGGGCUGAGACAGGAAGAGCAGGUGAUAAAGGGGAAAGAGGUUGUCCCUGACAUAGCUGAGGAACAAGGCAGCAAGGAGAGAGGCCCGGACAGCAGGGCUGAAAUGGAGGAGGAAGAAGAGACCUGGGAGGAGAAAAAGCAGAAGGAAGCAGAGAGGCUCCCGGACAGAGCAGAAGCCAGGGAGGAAAAUGAACCCGAGGUAAAGGAGGAUGUGGUGGAGAAGGCUGAGUUCGAAGCAGUGGAGGAGGUGCACCCUGGAGACGAGGAGGAGGAGGAGGAGGAGGAGACGAAGGCUGAGGGUCUUUAUCAAAAACACAGGCAGGAAGCCUUGAAGGUCACCCCAAAGGGCAGGGAAGCUCUCGGGGGCCGGGAACCGGAACUCCAUAGCAAGGCCCCGGAGAAGGAGACCUCAUUGUUUCUGAGCAGCCUGGCCACUCCUGCCGGGGCCACUGAGCAUGUCUCCUACAUACAGGAUGAGACGAUCCCUGGCUGCUCAGAGACCGAGCAGACCAUCUCAGAUGAGGAGAUCCACGAUGAGCCAGAGGAACGCCCUGCUGCACCCAGGCUCCCAGCCAGUACGCGUGACCUUCCUGGGCCUGAAGGUCCUGGCCCCUUUGAUGCCGGCCAGCCUGCAGACGGUGCCGUUCCCGCCCCCUCGAGCAAAGGCUUUGGGGCACCGGAGACAGAACUCACCUACCCCCCCCACAUAGUGGCCGCCCCUCUGGCUGAAGAGGAACAUGUGUCCUCCGCCACGUCAAUAACGGAAUGUGACAAGCUCUCUUCCUUCGCCACGUCAGUGGCCGAGGACCAGUCUGUGGCAUCACUCACAGCUCCCCAGACAGAGGGGACAGGCAAGAGCUCCCUGCUGCUCGACACGGUCACAAGUAUCCCCUCCUCCCGAACCGAGGCCACUCAGGGCUUGGACUACGUGCCGUCAGCGGGAACCAUCUCGCCCACCUCCUCACUGGAAGAAGACAAGGGCUUCAGAUCACCUCCGUGUGAGGACUUCUCUGUGACCGGAGAGCCGGAGAGGAGAGGAGAGGUCGUGGGGAGAGGCUCCACUCAGGAGAGAGCCGUGGAAGGGGAGAAGGAGGAGAGGGCAAAGGCGAAGGCAUCUGAGGAGCUCCACGGUCAGUGUGGAGCAGCAGUGUUUGGCGCCCCUGGGCAGGCCACACACCCAGGGGAAGCCGGCCUUGGAGAGGCAGAGGAACGCUGCCUCAGCCCGGAUGACAGCACAGUGAAGAUGGCCUCCCCUCCACCGUCCGGCCCCCCCAGUGCCACCCACACACCCUUUCACCAGUCCCCAGUGGAAGAAAAUUCUGAGCCCCAAGAUUUUCAAGAAGAAUCUUGGCAAGAUGCUAAGCGUACACCAGGUGUGAGAGAGGAAUAUGCUGCCAAGGAGACAGUCAAGUCAGGGCCUGAAGAGGGCUCGCUAGAGAAGGACCGGAAGGAGGCUCCUCCCAGGAGACCCCAGGCUCAGGGAGCACCUGUCGGCGUUGCUGGAGGACACACAGGCUGCACCAUUCAGCUGUUGCCAGAACAAGACAAAGCCAUAGUCUUUCAGACAACAGGGGCAGGAGAGACUAUGGAAGUAGGAAUUGAGUUCCCAGGCCCAAUUCUGGGAGCAGAAGCCCUCUCCAGGGAAUUGAGGACAUCACUCCAAGAACCUGGCGAAUCUCAGAAAGAUGAGGUGCUCCACAUUCCUGACCAAAGCCUCCCCCCCAAAGAUGCAGAGUCCCUCUCUGUCCUCAGUGUGGUUUCCCCAGACACUGCCAAACAAGAGGCAACUCCCCAGUCACCCUGUGGCCUGACAGAGCAGCACAUACAUACAGACCUGUGGCCAGAGGUAUCUCCAGAAGAUACCCAGUCUCUUUCUGUCUCAGAAGACAGUCCCAGCAAGGAGACCUCUCUGGAUAUCUCUUCAAAGCAGCUCUCUCCAGAAAGCCUUGGUACCCUCCAGUUUGGGGAACUAAGCCUUGGAAGGGAAGAAAAAGGGGCUCUGAUGCAGGUGGAGGAUGUCUCUUGCCACCUAACUCCUGUGUCCAUUCCAAUGCCCUGUGCAGCCAUGGUGUCACCUCCUGUAGACAGGGCCACUGGAUACUCUGUACAGGCAGAUAUCACAGAUGAGAGCCCUGAUAGGAAGCUACCUGCCAGCUCCUCUCACUUGACCCCGCCUGGAGAUGGGAAGCGUUCACCUGGGCUGGUCACAAGCCCUGGUGAGCACAUUCUGGCACCCAGCAGCUCCCUCACUGAGAGUCUGGAGUCUUUGCCAAGCACUGCCAUGGAAGACAUUGCCAAGGACUGGGAAGGUAGAGUUCCAGGGUUGAAAGACAGAACCCCUGAGCAAGAGGACAAGGAACCUGAGCCAAAGGAAGAAGUCCUACAGCAGAAAGACAAAACUCUGCAGCAGAAGUGCAUUGUAGAGGAGAGGGAUGCAGCCAUGCAUUGUAAAGAUGAGGGUCUGGAGGAAAAGAAUAAGGUUGUGGGGUUGGAGGAUGUGGCUUUAGAACAAAAACGAAGAAACUUAAACCAAAAGGAUACAGCCCUAGAGCAGAAGGAGAAGGCCUUGGAAUCACAAGACAAAGAAAAAAAAGACAAAGUCUUGGAACUGAGGGAGGUGAUCUCAGAAGAGAAAGUCAAGGCCACAGCCCUAGAACUAAAGGACAUUGCCCUGGAGCAGAAGGACAAGACCUUGGGGGGAAAAGACACAGAAUUAGAACAAAAGGACAAUGUCCUACAGCAAAAGGAUAGGACCCCAGAAGAAAAGGACAAGGACACAGCUCUGGGACAGAAGGACCAAGCCCUGGAGCCAAAGGACAAAGAACAAAAGCAGGGAGCUUCAGAACAGAAAGACAAGGUCUGGGAACAGAAGGACCAGCUCCCAGAGGAGAAAGGCAAGGCUUUAGAGCCAAAAGUUCAAGACUUCGAAUAUAAAGACAAGGCCCCAGAGGACAAGGCCCCCGAACCAAAAGGCAAAGCUCUAGAACAGGCAGAUGAAAGCCCUGAACAUAAAGACAAGGCCCACGAACAGAAGGAUGAGGUCUUCAAAAAGAAAGAUCAGGCCUUAGAACAAAAAUCUUGGGCCUUAGGAAAGAAGGGUGAAGCUCUAGAACAAAAUAAUAAGGCUGUUGAACAGAAAGAUAAAGCUCUAGAAGAAAAGUACAAAACUUGGGGCCAAGAGAGCUUUGAGAAGGAGGAUACAAUCAUGAAACUACAGGAGACCGUCAUAGGCAAAAAAUCUCCAGAAAGGGUCAUGGCUGUGGCACAGAAGGAGGAGGCUCUGCCGGAGAAGAGCAGAGCUCUGGGGCUGGAAGACAGCCCCGUGAAGGAGGGUAAGCACCGAGAGCAGGAAGAGACGGACUGGAAGGAGAGGGAUGUGGGUCAGGAGUGGCAAACGCCUCCAAUCCGAGGGGAACCCACUGGAGAACAGAAGGAGCCCACCCCCACCUGGGAGGAGACGUCCCUGGAGCAGGAGGUCCGAUCCUGGAGAGGCAGAGAGGAUGGGGCUCUGGAACAAGACCCAUACUGGACGGGGCUGAGCUGUGAGAGAAAGGUCUGGUUCCCUCAAGAGCUGGACGGCCAGGGGGCCCACAAAGGAUACCCCGAGGAGCGGGAGAGCACCUUCCUCUGUGAGGGACUGGAGGGGUCCGAAGCACCCCCACGGCGGCACACACCCCGGAGCCCGUGGGCUUCCGACUUCGAGGGUUUGCAGGAGCCCUCAGCACAGAAGGGACUGGAAGUGGAACGGUGGCUCUCUGAGUCACCCGUCGGGCUGCCCCCAGAGGACGAGGACAAGCUGACCCGCUCUCCCUUCGAGAUCAUCUCCCCUCCAGCUUCCCCACCUGGGAUGGCGGGACAGAGGGGUCCUCCUACCCCUGGACAAGAAAGCCCUAGUCCCAAGACGAAGCCCAUGCCGCCCGCCAGGAACGAACCUGCUGCUCCCUCCUGGCUGGCUGACAUCCCACCAUGGGUGCCUAAGGACAGACCCUUGCCCCCAGCACCCCUCUCCCCAGCUCCAGCUCCCCCCAUGCCUGCACCCUUCUCCUGGGGCACUGCAGAGUAUGACAGUGUGGUGGCCGCAGUGCAGGAGGGCGCUGCUGAGUUGGAAGGUGGGCCAUACUCCCCCCUGGGGAAGGACUACCGCAAGGCUGAAGGGGAAGGGGAAGGAGGAGGUGGGGCUGGGACUUCUGACAGCAGCCCCUGCAGCUCCAAGGUCCCUGAGGCCAGUGAGAGCCAUGACACUCGGGACACAGAGCAGACUGAGAUGGAGCAGAGAGAGCCCACACCCUACCCCGAGGAGAGGAGCUUCCAGUACGCAGACAUCUAUGAGCAGAUGCUGCUGACCGGCCUUGGCCCUGCGUGCCCCACGAGGGAGCCUCCACUGGGGGCGGCUGGGGACUGGCCCCCACGCCUCUCGGGCAAGGAGGAGGCCAAGGGCCGAAAUGGGCCUGCGGAGAGGCAGUGGUCCUCUCCUGUCUCACCCGAGAGCCUCCAUCCUGACGCUCCAGCCUUUAGCUAUGCAGCUCUGGCAGGACCCAGGGUGCCCCCCAGGCAGGAGCCUGAGCUAGGGCCGAGUGUGGAGGACAGCCUCACCCCACCUGCCGUGCCCCCCCGCGCUCCCAUUCCCUUGAGCCAAGGCCCGAGUCUCCCCCCUAGUGGUCCAGAUCGGAGGACUCCCGCCCCCACAGAGUCAGGCCGGCGUCCCUGGGCUGACAGCACAAGCGGCUCGGAGCUGGAGAAGGGGGCUAAGGAGAAGCCGGAGAAAGAGGCUCAGUCUCCAAGCCCCGCUUCCCCCGUCCCUGGGGGCGCCCCUAGGCUGUGGCCUGAAACUCAGGCGCACACAAGCCCUUCCUUGGACUUGCACCUGGGUCCUGCCCGACCAAGCCUUGACUUCCCGGCUUCGGCCUUUGGCUUCUCCUCACUGCCUCCUGCUCCCCCUCAGCUUCCCUCCCCAGCCGAGCCCCGCUCAGCACCCUGUGGCUCCCUUGCCUUCUCUGGGGACCAAGCUCUGACUCUGCCUCCAGGACCCCCAGCCAGAGCCCGGCACAAUGAGUAUUUGGAGGUGACCAAGGCCCCCAGCCUGGACUCCUCCCUGCCCCAGCCCCCGUCACCCAGCUCCCCGGGGGAUGCCCUCCUCUCCAGCCUGCCACGACCUGCCUCCCCGGCCCUGUCCGAGGGCUCCUCCUCUGAGGCCACCACCCCAGGGAUGUCAAGUGUGGCUGAGCGCUUCCCCCCAGGCCUGGGGGCUGAAGAACCCACGUCUGGAGAGCUGCACCCAGGCCUGGAACCCUCGGCCCCGAGCCUCUGGGACCUCACUCCUCUGAGCCCAGUACCCCUAGCUUCCCGGGACUCAGCCCCAGCUCGAAGCCUUCCUGGAGACAUGGAUGGUGGCACCCUACCCUGUCACCUGGAACGCUCAAGGGACACCACCAAGAAGCCAAGCCCCUUCCAGGGCCUUUCUGGGGAUCGUGCAGCCAAUGGCCCAACUGAAACCGGCCCCACUCCCCCUGGCCCUGCCACAGCCAAGACCGAGGAGGAGGAGGCUGGAGCCUGCCCUGCUUGGGAGCAAGGGGCCUGGCCUGAGGGAGCUGAGAAAAGCGCCCAGCCUGACACGCUCCUCUCCCCUGAACAGCUGUUGCAUCCCGAAGGGGGCUCGGGGCGUCCACCCUGUAGUAGUGUGUCUCCUGAGGCUGGGCCUGGGCCUCAGGGAUGUGCCGCUGAGCCCUGGCCCCACUGUGGGGAGCUCUCUCCACCCUUCCUGAACCCACCUCUGCCACCAUGCACAGAUGACAGUGACCUUUCCACUGAAGAUGCUCGGCUGGUAGGAAGAGGGGCCCGCCGCCGCACUGGGGGCCCAGGGUCUACGGGGGGCCCAUUCCCUGUGGCUGAUGAGACACCCCCUACGUCGGCCAGUGACUCAGGCUCCUCACAGUCAGAUUCUGAUGUCCCGCCAGAGACGGAGGAGUGUCCAUCCAUCACAGCAGAGGCAGCCCUUGACUCCGACGAAGAUGGGGACUUCUUGCCCGUGGACAAGGCUGGGGGGCUCAGUGGGACUCACCAUCCCAAGCCUGGGCACGACCCACCCCCCAGCCCUCAGCUGGACCCUCCCCCAGCCCCUCCCCGCCCCGAUGUGUGCAUGGCUGACCCUGAGGGACUCAGCUCAGAGUCUGGGAGGGCAGAGAGGCUACGGGAGAAGGAGAAGGUGCAGGGGCGAGUGGGCCGCCGGGCCCUGGGCCGAGCCAAGCCAGCAUCCCCUGUGCGGCGCCUGGAUCUUCGGGGAAAACGCUCCCCGACCCCUGGUAAAGGGCCUGUAGAUCGAGCAUCCCGGGCCCCACCCCGACCACGCAGCACCGCAAGCCAGGCCACCCCAGCAGAGGAAAAGGAUGGACACAGCCCAGUGUCUAAAGGCCUCAUCAAUGGACUCAAGGCCGGACCCAUGGCCUUGGGGUCCAAGGGUGGCUCUGGCCCCCCUGUAUAUGUGGAUCUCGCCUAUAUCCCCAAUCAUUGCAGUGGUAAGACUGCUGACCUUGACUUCUUCCGUCGUGUGCGUGCAUCCUACUACGUGGUCAGUGGGAAUGACCCUACCAAUGGCGAGCCAAGCCGAGCAGUGCUGGAUGCCCUGCUGGAGGGCAAGGCCCAGUGGGGGGAGAAUCUUCAGGUGACUCUGAUCCCUACUCAUGACACGGAGGUGACGCGUCAGUGGUACCAGCAGACUCAUGAGCAGCAGCAGCAGCUGAAUGUCUUGGUCCUGGCUAGCAGCAGCACUGUGGUCAUGCAGGAUGAAUCCUUCCCAGCCUGCAAGAUCGAGUUCUGAAAGAACCACCCUCCCUGAGGAUCCAGUCCCCCAGCUCCUUUAGAGAAUGGCUGCAGCUGUGUCCUCUGGGGUUGAGGGAGAUGGAGCUAGGACUGGGAGAUGUCUUGUUGCAGGGACUUGGGCUGGGCUAAAUGGGAGGUACUGUCCUCCUCAUCCAUUCCUGAGAGGGGUCUCAAAACCAAAAGUAAUAAGGGAGAGCACAAGGAGACGGUCCUAAUUGAAGCUAGGAGGUCAUCUGAUGCCUGAGGACCCCAAGUGAUGCCCUGCGCAGCACUCUCAGAUGCUGGUAUUGGAUGGGGCAUGAGGAUGGGUCUCAGAGAGCAGCCUCCUCUUGUGGAAGGAGACUGUAUCCCCAACCCCAGGGGCCUCCUUAUCUCCAUUUGAUAUCCCAGGAAGGAUUCCCGAUAGUCAUUUGUGACCUGGAGGUGGGAUACUAUCAGUGAGGUACCCAGAGCUGCACUCUUCCCUCCACCUUCCAUCUCCUUAGCCACUGCUGCUACGCUGUCCUCUGCUUCCCUAAGUAUCUGAAUGUCUCAAUCCAAAACUUGAAGCUCUUUAGACCAACAAACUGGUGAGAGGAGAAAGGAACCUAUGUCCCAACCCUGCUUCACACUGCACAUCCUAGGGCUGUGCCCAGACCGGGGCUCCUGGGCAGCACAAAAGGGCAAGGAGAGUCCCAGCCCCAAUCCCAGGAUUCUUCCAAGCUCCCUGACCCUUUGAAGUUUUCACCCUACCCCAUUCCCAUGGUCCCAACCCCUUGUCAUUCCCCGCUUGGCUUCUCUGCAUGUGGUCAUCUACUGUGGCCUGGUGUGUAAUGGGUUAAAAAUAAGCCACCGCCUAACAUCCCAACAUCUGACACCCCAGCCGUGUGUGACUCCCCCAACCUUCCACUGUGCCAUCCUGCAGCUGAAGUGGGAAUGAUGGCUGCCUCUCCUGGGAGGUAGAGGCUCGCUCAGAGGACUUGGGGAAAAUGAGAGGGAGGAAGAGGGGGACGAAGCUGAGCUGAAGCUUAAUGCGUACAGUGUGAUAUGAAAGAGGCUGAAGGCUCUGCCCCGGGAGAGGACUUGCCCCCAGCCAGCCAGGGAGCAGCCUGACAGUCGGCUGCGGGACUGAGAAGCCUAGGGGUCAGUAGUGGCCAGGCUCGCCUUCUCUGCUGAGGAACUGGGCCACCAAACCGAGCCCACCUUUUGUCCCUCCUAGCUCCCCCUCCCUGUGCUGCAGUGCUCUGCUUCUCCCUACACUUCCCUGCUGCUGUUCCCAGCUGCUGUGACAGAGCUGCUGAGUCUAACAAUAAACCGAGUUCAUUGCGGACGGUGUG